AUGUUUUCAGCUGCUGCAGAAAGGCCUCUGCACUACACCAAUGUGAUCAUGCCGAGCAUCUUUGGGAUCAUCUGCUUCCUGGGUAUCACUGGGAACUGCAUCGUCAUCUACACCAUUUUCAGGAAGACCAAGUUCCGAGCAAAGCAAACAGUACCGGACAUUUUCAUCUUCAACCUCUCCAUCGUGGACCUCCUGUUUCUCUUGGUCAUGCCCUUCCUGAUCCACCAGCUCCUGGGCAAUGGCUCCUGGUACUUUGGCUCUAUCAUGUGCACAAUCAUCACGGCGCUGGACACCAACAGCCAGAUCGUCAGCACCUACAUCCUCACCGCCAUGACCAUGGACCGCUACUUAGCCACGGUCCACCCCAUCAAAUCCACCUACAUGCGAACACCUUGCACUGCAACCAUGGUCAUCUGCCUGGUGUGGUUCCUGUCCUUGCUGACCAUCAUCCCUGUCUGGAUGUACACAGGUUUGGUGUCCCUCAAAGACGGGUCGGUUCAGUGCGCCCUCCUCCUGCCCAAUCCUGCCACCGACAUCUACUGGUACACCCUCUACCAGUUCCUGCUGGCCUUCGCCUUCCCGCUCAUCAUCAUCUGCGUGGUGUAUUUCAAGAUCCUCCAGCACAUGUCCACCACGGUCGCCCCUCUCCCCCAAAGAAGCCUUCGGGUGCGCACCAAAAAGGUCACCCGCAUGGCUGUGGCUAUAUGCCUGGCAUUCUUCAUCUGCUGGGGUCCCUUCUACAUCCUGCAGCUGGUCCAUCUGGCUGUGCAGAGGCCCUCCAUGGCCUUCAUCUAUGCCUACAACAUUGCCAUCAGCAUGGGCUACGCCAACAGCUGCAUCAACCCCUUCCUGUACAUCACGCUGAGCCAGACCUUCAAAAGGCAGUUCAUGGUGGCCAUCCAACCGGCCCAGGAGCAGUUCCGGGUCAAUAACAGCAUGACCAAUGGCAGCGUGAGUCUCAGGCUGGCUCCAGAGUCUACCCUGCAGUCUCAUUUUUCCAGGGAGUACUCGCAGAAUGCGCUCCCUCUGACUGUAGCGGCCCACUGA